CUCCCUGAACCGGUUUGGAGGGGCCAAGUCAUACAGAUCUAUUGGAUUUUAUCCAUACAUUAUGUGGUUAUUUUUCCUUUAUGUUUUCUUGUGUGGAACUUACUGUACAGCAGACAUUUCCUGCAGAAAUGAAGCUGGGAAUCCUGUUGACUGGUUCAUCAUCUACAAGUUACCACAGUUUAAAAUUGGGAGUGUUGGAACUGGACUUGACUACAUGUAUCUGGAUUCCUCAAUGAAGACCUGGCAGAUGAGCAAAUUUCUGGUCAAUGACAGUAAUGGUGCUUUGGGGAACACCUUAAAACUGCUUUAUGAUGGUAAAGGAUACAAGUCCAACAGAUCAGCCUAUGUAUUUUAUAACGAUGCCCCUCCUUUGCUGAAAUACAGUAAUCGUUAUGGACACACAAAAGGUGUUCUGCUCUUCAAUGAGUCCCAGGGAUUGUGGCUCAUCCACAGUGUCCCCCACUUUCCUGCAUUCCCUGAAAAUGGGUACGCCUGGCCAUCCUCAGGCAGGCAGAAUGGACAAACUGUGCUCUGUGUCACCUAUAAGUAUCAACAGAUCCCAAGCAUAGCUCAACAGCUCCUAUACUAUAAUCCACGAGUUUACAACUGCUCCCUGCCUACAGCAUUUCAGCCAGAUCUAGCCAGUCUGGUUAUCCUUUGUCAAGGCUCCAAAAUGCCUUGGGUGUCAGACAAGAACUUGGAAAAACUAACGUCAGCCAAUGGAGAAAGCUUUCUAAGUUUUGCAAAAUCACGCUUCUGGAUUGAUGAUAUAUACACUGGCUGGGUUGCUCAGAUGUUAAAAGUUGAUUUGUUAACAGAAACCUGGCAACGCAAGGAGCACGAACUGCCCUCCAAUUGCUCUCUGCCCAAACACACCCUAAAUAUAAGAAGAAUCAAGUUACCAGGGCCUGUUCUCUUCUACUCACAUUUUGAUCACUCCAAAUGGUGUGUUUCAAAGGCUUAUGAGAGUCAGUGGACCUGCCUGGGCGAUUUAAACCGAGAGGACAGUCAGGCUUGGAAAAGUGGAGGGUUGGUAUGCUCACAGAACCCAACCAUCUACCAAGCCUUUCGCCAGGCGGUGUCCUGGUACAUAGGCUGCUGA